AUCUCAUCUUGUCCCUAUUUCCUUUCAUCAACAUAUAAGAUCUUUCUUUUUCUCUUUCAUACAUUAAACUUUCUACGUCAUAAAAGAUUUCCAUCACCUUUGAUUGAUCAAAGCUUCUCUAUAUAUAAUCUCAGUUACAAAUUUUUUGUGAGAUUCAAAUUUCUACACUGUAGCUGAAGCAAGACUUUAAGGUGAUCAGAUCGGUCAAACUAUUGCAGAAGUAAAAAAGUUUCAAACUUUAACUUCGGGUAGGUGUCAAAGGUUUUUGUCUUUCAAAAGAGUUAUAGCCAUGGAGAUAAACACAAACACCCUAAAAAAGUCACCUUCUUCUUCUUCUUCUUCUUCUUCGCCAAAGAAGUCUGCGUUUUCAAGGUUUUGUAGUAAGUUAUCAGUGAAGAAGGGCAAGAAAGAGGAGGAGGAGGAAAGGGUGAUCAAGAAUGCUUCUUCUUCUUCUUCAUCUUCUUCAGAUGAAGCUCAAGCAUCAUCAUCAUCAUCAAGAAAAGGGAAGAAAAGUGAUGAGUGUUUGGAGAGAGUUUUCACGUACUUUGACGAGGAUGGAGACGGGAGGGUGUCGCCGGCGGAGCUGCAGAGGGGGGUGAGGGCGGUGGGCGGGGAGCUGACGGCGGAGGAGGCGGAGAUGGCGGUGCGGCUGUCGGAUUCCGACGGGGAUGGGCUGUUGGGGCUGGAGGAUUUCGCCAAGUUAAUGGAGGGGAAGGGGGUGGAGGAGGAGAGGAAAGAGGGAGAAUUAAUGGAAGCUUUCAAGAUGUAUGAAAUGGAGGGCACAGGGGAGAUCACUCCCAAGAGCUUGAAGAGGAUGUUGGGGAGGCUUGGGGAGUCGGCCACCACAGAAAGCUGUAAAGCCAUGAUCACGAGAUUCGACAUUAAUGGCGAUGGAGUGCUCAGCUUCGAGGAGUUUAAGGUUAUGAUGAUGCAGCAAGCUUAGCUUAGAGCAGUGAAUUGAAGUUCGUUGAUUCCAUUACACAUACAUGAUGCAUGUUUGUUCUUGUACAUAUAUAUGUACACCAAUAAAUUAAACUUAGGCUCAUUGGCCUUCACUAUAUUGUUGGUUUAUUCUUUAAUUUGUUGAACAAUUUGUUUGGUUCA